GCCAUCUGCGGCAAAUCUACAAUAAGUCUCGUCAAAAAAAUAUAGAUAAUAAAAUAUUGUAGAAAAAGAAACCACUAGGUAAGGUACUCGGAAGCCAAACGCACAACCAAGAACCCUACAUCAUUUUCAAUGGUAAUCGUCGAUAAACUACAAACGCAUGUACUACUAGUGUCACGUUCUAUUUUCCAAGUUUGCGGCACUGCAUAUUGUUUGGUCGCACAUAGUGUAUGUUUAUUUGAGCGAUAGCGGGGUUCCAAACUUGAAAACUAGAAAAUAAUAAAUAUAACUACUUAUUACUGUCAUUAUUUCCUGCUUCAAAGGUCUUCAAAACAUCAUGCAAUUCUAGACUAAACGUUGGAUCAGGUAAGUGAGCCCCGGAACCACCGGAACAAAGAGGAUUUAUAAACACAUGCAGAAUUGCCUCCACCCGAUGUACUGCGUCACAUAACCAUCACACACACGUCUCAUUGAAAUUAGUAUCCAUUUGUUCGCCAAUAAACGUUAUCGGCAUCCGACGUUGGUUUUAUUGCGCGCACUUUACGGAGUGCUCGUAAACGUGUGAACUUGUCCGGCGAGAUAUGUGGUGGCUGUGGUGGGCGACGGUGGCGUGGAUCAUGCGCGCGCGCAGCGCGAUCGAGAUCACAGGCGAAGUGUCGUUCGACCUUCGCAUCUCGGAGGACGGCGUUCCGCCUUCCCCACCACCACCAGCCCCUCCGCUGCCCCCAGCCGCCUCCGCCCCCCCGGCCCCGCCGGCGCAGGCGGUGCGCGCCCAGAACAGCAUGACGGCGGCGCCGCCCGUGGAGUGCGUGUACCAGUACCCCGAGACCCGACAGGUCAACGCCAUGCUCAGCAAUAUGAUGAACCAGCUGACUAAGGUGUUCGUGCGCAUGCACAAGUCCAUGUCCCCGGAGGUGCGGCGCAGCGGGGCGAAACGGUUCCGGCUCGUCUCCAGCAAGCAGUCGGACUUCUUCGACCACAUCUACGCCAACAUGACCGAGGAGUACCGGCGGUUCGUGAACGAGACGAGCCACCGCGUGCCCAGCGCCGGCGACCCGUGCCGCCACCAGGAGGAGCUGCGCGACGUGUGGCGCUCGCUGCUGGACACCUCGCAGGUACGGACACACCGCCCCGACACGAGCAACACUAGUGAAGCUGCUUCGCCCACUAAGCGAGUGUGGUCCCCGCAGGAGUCGCUGCGGCGCGCGGCGCUGCGCUGCGUGCAGGAGUACCUGCGCGUGCAGCAGCGCGCCGCGUCCCCGCGCCAGCGCGCCCGCGCCGCCGCGCUGCUGCGCCGCGAGCUGGGCCGCGUGCGCUCCGAGCAGCUGGCGCUGCUGUGCGACAGCUUCCAGCUGUGCUACUCCGAGCUGCAGUGA